AUGGCUUUUCUACUCAUGCCGCUGCUUUUGCAAACGGGUGUCGUCUUGGGGUCAAACUACGGCUACGUGGAGUGGUCGGACAACGACAGAGACGCGGAGAUCCGGGCCAAGGGGCCCACGCCGUCCAGCCCGCAAAACAUCAACGGGGAGCCCCUGCACCACCGCCCGACCCACUCCGCCGUCGUGGCGCACAAGAUCGAGGAGGAGCUGCCGCGGGUGGUCACCGCCUUCCUGCACACCGGCGACUCGGCGGCACUGAGGCAGGUGAACUGCUCCCGUAGGUACGAGCUGAGCAGCCUGCGGGGCGGCGUGCAGGCGGCGUCGCACUACUCCCUGCACGGCGUGCUGGACACCAUGACGCACGCCGCGAACUUCCUCAACGUGAUCCUGCAGGGCAACAGGUCGAGGGAGCGGACCCUCCGCGGAGACAUCCACUGGUACCACGCGCUGGUGCGGAGCAUCCUGGAGGGCGACCCCAAGAUCCGCAGGGCCGUGGUGACUUUCCACACGGACGCGCCGACACCGGGUCCGCACGUUUUCCUGCAGGCGACGAGAACCGAGAAGGAAGUGGUGCUGCAGGACCUCUCCAACUCCGUGCAUCAUCAUCACCACCACCACCAGCAUCAUCAUCCAAAGAGCAGCAGGAGCGUGGAGUCCGAGUGGUUGGAUGAGUUCGGGGACCGCAGGAGAAGGCCAUACCUGCAGAGAAGGGCCCCCUCCGGCCCUGAGUCGGUGGUCACCGAAAGCGGUGGUUACUUUUUGGACAAAAAGCAAAUCAAGUGGUCGGCGCCGUACCUUGAGUGCGAACACGGGACGUUUGUACCCCACUGGCUGCUCACCCUGUCCGCUGGCUUUUACGGUUUAAGGGCUAACUCUGCACCAGAGUUCAGGGGCGUGGUUCGCGUGGAUGUAAACCUACAGGAUGUGGACAUUGAUCAGUGCUCAGAGAGUGGCUGGUUCGCUGGGACACACCGUUGCAACCUCACCAGCAUGGAAUGCACUCCUAUUGGCGGCCAUGGAUUCGUGUUGGACAAGUACAAGUGCCAGUGCAGGAGAGGCUUCUACCACCCGAGCCGAGUGGCGCUCAACGGCUUGACAAGUAAAGAGCAAGGGUCCUACAGAGAUGACUCCUCUGAGGUGUCCAGUAAAUGCCUGCCUUGCCGUGAGGGCUGCCCCUAUUGCCGCGAUGACACACCCUGCCUCGUUCAAGAGGACGGGGCCCUCAGGCUUGCUGUAGCCACCUUUCAGGGUCUAUGCAUGGUGCUGGACCUGGCCAGCAUGGUGGUGGUCUACCACUUCAGAAGGAACAAGAAGAUCCGGACGUCUGGUCUUAUUCUGGUGGAGGCCAUCUUGACUGGGGCUUUGCUGCUGUACUUCCCCGUGAUGAUCCUGUACUUCCACCCCAGUGUGUUCCGCUGCAUCCUCCUGAGGUGGGUACGUCUCCUGGGCUUUGCCAUCAUGUACGGCACCAUCAUCCUCAAGCUCUACAGGGUGCUAAAGGUGUUCCUGUCCCGUACGGCCCAAAGGACGCCUUAUAUGACCAGCUGGCGGGUCCUGCGGUUGCUGGGAGUGAUUCUCCUGGUGGUGUUGUGGUUCUUGGUGGCUUGGACCUCUGCUGUGUGCCAACGCCCAGAGCUGACCCGGGCCCUCAUAACAGCAGGCCUCACUCCAGAGGGACUGCAGUUUAGCAUUUGUCUGCUGGACCGCUGGGACUACAUGAUGGCUGUUGCGGAGUUCCUCUUCUUGCUGUGGGGUGUGUACCUCUGCUACGCUGUCCGGACCGUUCCCUCGGCUUUCCAUGAACCGCGCUACAUCGCAGUGGCCAUCUACAACGAGCUCCUCAUUUCAGCCAUCUUUCACAUCAUCAGAUUCUCGCUGGCUCCCGGGCUGCACCCUGACUGGAUGCUCAUGCUCUUCUUUGCUCACACCCAUCUGACGGUGACUGUGACUCUGGGCUUGCUGCUCAUUCCAAAGUUUGUGUCAAAGGGGACCCAGGCCAGGGACGACAUCGCCACUGAAGCCUAUGAGGAGGAGCUGGACAUGGGGAGGUCAGGCUCUUACCUCAACAACAGCAUCACCUCCGCAUGGAGCGAGCACAGCCUGGACCCAGAGGACAUACGGGAUGAACUGAAGAAGCUGUACGCCCAGCUGGAGGUGCACAAACGUAAGAAGAUGCUGGCCAACAACCCCCAUCUGCAGAAGAAGCGCAGCUCUAAGAAAGGCCUGGGUCGCUCCCUGAUGAGACGGAUCACAGAGAUCCCCGAGAGCAUACACAUGCACCGCCAGUGCAGCCGUGAGGACGGCAGCGAGCAUGGCAGCAGCCGCAGCACCUUGAGGAGAAACCCGUUUGACCCGACGCACCACGGUAAAACCCGGGAUGACUCCCUAAAAAACAAAGUCCUGGGUCUAAAGAAGUCACUCAGCUAUGACCACGCGUGCGACCAGGGCGAGGAAACUCGAAGCCAUGACGGCUCCACGGCAGGAGACAAAUUGACCCCUGCUGGAAGCAUCGGGGAAGGGUCUCUUCUGGGUUCACUGAUUGGCCGGAAACACGCCAAGAAGUCACCGGAGCAAGCGGCAACACCGCCGAGAAUGGAACCGGCCGAGUCCACUGAGUCAGUCCCCCUGUUCUGGAAGUCGGCCAGCGCUCACAACUUAACGCAUGAAAAGAAGCCUGUCCACUUAAGGACCUCCAUUAUGCAGAAGUCUCUGAGUGUGAUUGCUAGCGCGAAGGAGAAGAUGCCAGGCCUUACCAACAAGACACACAGUGUGGAGGACGCCAGUAAGAAGGGACUGAAGAGAAGGGAUGGAAGGAUGCUGUCGGAGGUCGAUGAGACACCUGAGCACUAUCCUAAGAUGAUAAUCAGCCAGUCAGUGGAGAUCUCCAAGACCCCCUUGAAGAUGGGCAUCAUGAAACAGCAGGUGAGUGGAAGUCAGCCGACCAUCUGUUCUGAGUCGGGACGGAACCUAUAUGACCUUUCCGAGGUCUGCACUUGGGAGCUAGACGACCCACCGACGCCCUCAGAAGGAAAAUCCCAGAAGCACGUCUCCAUCGCCCCGGGUGAAACCACUGCCGUGCGCAGGGGCAGCAGCUCUGGGAGCACCAAGGGGAGUCGCUCCCAGCAGAAGCAGAGGACAGGGCAGUCCCCUGCCAACAGACGCCGCUCCAAAGACAAGGGAGGAGAGAAGGAUGAAAGCAGAGAGUCCAGGAAACCUCGGUCCCCCAGGUCACCCCUCCCUGUCAAACCAGAUGUCUGUCCCUGGGACUUUGAAGAGCAGCCCAUGCUUGGUGGUAAUUCAGAUUCCAUCUCCCCAGACAGGAUCAGGCGUAAGAAGAGUGUCACACCCACCGACGGGAAGCCCAAGACCCUCCAUUCAGACCACUCCAAGUCCACAGGGAGUCUCCUGCAGCCUCCGUCCCUGAUGGUGGAGAUCUGUCCGUGGGACUACCACACCCCACCUUCUCCGAAGCAGGAGAAAACCUGCAACAGCCCCACAUCACACUCCAAAAGGAAACGAAAGGGCUCCUGCUCGUCCAACCACAGGCCAGAGAAGGGGAAAGACAGGGAGAAAAGCAAGGAAAGACGAAGCUCCUCCAGCAAGCCUUCGUCGGAGAGGAGACGUGUCAGCCAGUCCUCGGACAGUGGCGGGCCAACUUCUGAAAGACGAAGGAGCUCAACGAGAGAGCCAGAGACAACGGAGAAAAAGAGGGCGGAAAUCUGCCCCUGGGAAACUGAGUCCUCAUCCGCCAGCAUUGUUCAGACUAAAACCUCACCAGAACGGAAGAGGGAAAACUCUCUGAGCACUAAUUACAAACCACUAGUCACAAGUAGUGCCAAAAUGGCAGAUGUAUGCCCCUGGGAUUUUGAGGACAAAGACUCUGGGAAGAACGUGUGA